AUGCCGUCCUUGACCGAUCUCGAAAACUUCAUCGAGGACAAUCUCCCUCGCAACCUGCAAGAGCUGCCGCACAAGGUCUCUGUCUCCGUGCAGGAGUACUAUCAGAUCCUCUACGAGCAGCUCAACAAAUAUGGUCCUCCCAUCCCCGACCUUCCCUCGCUUCCGUCCUUGGACAGCUUCACAGGCAAAGUAACGGAGCUAGUCUCACCAGUCCCUGCACCGCCAUUGGUGACGCCGCCGCCUCCGCCUCCGACGAAUUUGCAGCUGGUUCAAGGUUGGACUCGAGACCAUCGCACCGCACUGAGCUUCGCCGGCGGUCUUUUGGUCGUCGGAUUGGGUACCAGUUACGCUUAUCACGGCGGUUACAUUGCUCUGCCCUACCUCGGAAGGAAGCAAGUGGUCGGUCGAGGUCGCACACGCCAAGUUCGCCUCAAGAACGGCAUCCGCAGAGAAGCUGUCAUCGUGCUCGGUGCCGACACACCUCUGGGCCGCUCUCUCGCUCUGCACUUCUCCGGCCAAGGUUUCGUUGUGCUCGCAUCCGUAUCCUCUUCGGCUGCCUUGGCACAGUUUGAAAAUCUGAUUCCGCCAAGUUCUCGCGGGUACGUCAAAGCACUCAUUUUCGACGUCGACGACCCUUCGGGCUCCUUGCAGCCCUUCGUCAGGGCGCUUUCUUCUGCCCUCAGCCUGCGCUUCCCGCUCACCAGUGCAGGUGACCCCUACGCCCGACCAGGCGAGAACAUCAGCAUAGCCGGUGUGGUGAACGCGCUCAGCUUUGUGGCGCCCGAGGACGACCCUAGCCUUUCACGCAGCCUAUCUGCUUCAGCUUCAGCCUCUUUGCUCGGCGUGCCCAUCACCAAACUUGCACCCUCCCCCUCCUCCGAGCUGCUCGACCGCCACGUCGUGGCCAGCUUGUGCGUGCUUGGAGCGCUCAUUCCAAUGCUGAGGGCGCUGCCGAACCGCGCCGACGACACGGCUGAGUCGGAUCCUGCAACCGUCGUAACGCUCAUUUCCAGCCCGGCAUCCCGCACCGCUCUGCCCCGCCAAGCGAUGUACUCCGUCAUCGCACAGAGUGUUGCUGCCGGCGUACAGGCGCUUCGACGUGAAUGCGAGGAAGAUUCUUUCCACUCCAAGACGGCAAGCAACAGCAAGAUACCCUCUGCUCUGAGCGGCUUCUCGGGCAGCGGAUCAGCAUCGCGAAGGGCUUCGAGCUCACGUUCCAACCUGAAGCAGAGGGACGUUCGCGUCACAAUGGUCGAGGUCAAUUCGGGAUCCGUGUUGGGCGAUCCCGCGACGCCCACGAAUGCUCAAGCUACCAAUCCCGCGACCAGCUCACUGAGCGAGAGUGGCUCGCUCAAGUCGCCGUCUCGACCUUCCUUCGGCAGAUCACCAUCGUCGUCGUUGGGAUCUCUGUGGCAUCACAAGUCGCCCAACUCGGCGCCCGUGCUGAACAAGGUGUCGGAUCUGUUGCUCAGCACCAGGCGAAGACUUCGCCCAAGCUACACGGUGGGCACGCACACGCUCUCCGCAUACUGGCUGACCGUCAGUCAAGUGCUGCUCACCAUCGUACCUACGGGCAUUGUCGAUUUCGCGCUUGCCCUGAGGAGGCAGCUGUCGCUGCGCAGAGCCGGCCUUGUUGGUAGAGCCGAGCAUGCCUACCUUCCACGGAACUGGGGCAAGACCUCUGACGCUAGAGGUGAGCAGGCCAAGUCGCGACCAGCCGCGGGUAAACGACCCAUUGCUGGUCCCGGGCCUGGACCGGCAUCGGCAGCUCAUUCGAGGGCCUCUCUCGCCAAGCGUCCGAGCCCUUUGGGAUACGAGAUUCGAGACUCGGAUGCACAGAGUCUGCCCGAGAGCGAGCGUUCAUCCGGAGCCGGAUCUGGCAUCCCCAGCAGUGUCCCGUCGUCCGCCUACGGCGACAACGAUGCUGACGCAGACGCUUAUGAAGAGAGCGGCAUCUCCAACACUCACAGUCCCUACUUUGGAUCCACCCAACCGAUGCAUGCUUCCUCCGCGGAUCUGUCGGCCUCGAACCCUGGACUGAAUGACGGAAGAUCCAGCACGACCAUGCCGACCCAUUUUGGGCGGGAGCCUUGGACCGGUCCACCGAGCAGCAGUGGGGCUAGCAGCCGUGAGGCGUAUGUCUCCGAGAACGAGGAGAGGGAGAAGGAGGGGGAGAGGGGGUCAGGUUCGACGUUGGGGACAAGUUGGGUCGCGCUGGGUGAGAGUCAGUUUGAACCAGGGCAGUGA